CCCAGAUACCAAGACAUACACAAUGAGUCUCCCUACCACAUUUAAGGCCGCCGUGGUCCCUGAACCCCAUGCCCAACAUACCAUCGCGGACCGCUGUCUCCCCGCGUUGGAAUCCAACCAAGUCGCCAUCAAGAUCACUGCCACGGCCGUCAACCCCGUGGACUGGAAGAUUCGCGACUAUAAUGUUUUCCUGAAGGAAUAUCCCGCCGUGCUGGGCUCCGACGCUGCCGGUGAGAUUGUCGCCACGGGGUCAAAUGUGUCCACCCAUGCCGUCGGCGACCGGGUCUUCUUCCAAGGUAUCAUUGGAAACUACCCCGCCUCGACUUUCCAGCAAUACUGCAUCAUGCCUGCUGAACUCGUCUCCAAGACCCCCGCCAACAUCUCCGACGACCAGGCCGCUGGAAUUAGCCUGGCUUCUAUCGCAGUGGUGACUGGUUUCUAUGAUCAGACCGGCCACGCAAUUGCCCCGGCACCGUGGGCAGAGAACGGCACCGAGGCUGGUAAGGGCAAAGCCAUUGCCAUUAUUGGCGGUUCGUCGAGUGUAGGACAGUACGCGAUCCAAUUUGCGCGGUUGUCCGGCUUUGACCGCAUUAUCACGAAUGCCAGUGCCGCGCAUCACGAGUUCUUGAAGAGCCUUGGCGCGCAUGUGGUGCUUGAUCGGAAGACUGCCACAGCCGAAGAGUUUGUGGCUGCUGCUGGCGAUUUGCCGUUGAGUUAUGUAUAUGAUUCGAUUUCGGUCAAGGAGACGCAGAAGCUUGGCGUUGAGAUUGGACAGGCGAGCAAGGGUGCGGCCAACCGGGUUGUGACCGUGCAGUUUGUCGAUCAGGAGGCCGCGCAGCUGGGUCAGUCGAAGGAGCCCAAGGUCGAGAUUAAGCAGAUUCUGGGACUGGGAAGUUCUCCCGCUUUGAGGCAUUUGAGUGAGCCGUUUGCUAAGGCUAUUGGUGGUGGGUAUGGAUGGAUCGCCAAGGGUUUGUUUGUGCCGAACCGGGUGCGCUUGAUCCAGGGUGGUAUUGGUGCUGUCGAGGAGGCGUUGAAGACGAACAAGGACGGUGUGUCAGGAGAGAAGGUUGUCUUCCGUCCUAACGAUGCUUAGGUGUUUGUUGAUGGGAAUACUUUCUGGUAUAUAAUGUUUG